AUGGGCCCAACAUACAACGCGGGGUCGCUGUUCCACGCAAAGGACCUCGUCGUCGUCAUCACUGGCGGUGGCUCGGGUUUGGGAAGGAUGAUGGCCCACGCCAUGGCGGCCAACGGCGCCAAGGCCGUUUACGUCCUCGGACGACGACAGGAGCCGCUCGAUGAGACGAAAGCGUCUUCGACCAACCCUGACGUUGUCCACACCAUCAUCUGCGACGUCAUCUCCAAGGACUCCCUGGCAGCGGCCGCAGCGCAGGUGACCGAGGAGGUCGGCUACAUCAACGUCCUCUUCGCGAACAGCGGCGUCAUGUCUGGCACCACAGAAAUGAACGACAUUGACGGCAUGUCUAUCGAAGAGCUCCAGGAGCGGCUCUGGGGACCGGACAUGGACGACUUCAACAACGCAUACCACGUCAACGUCACGGGCGCAUACUACACGACGGUCGCCUUCCUGACCCUCCUCAGCCGGGGCAACGAGCGCGGCAACGUUUCGCAGAGGUCUCAGGUCAUCGUGACUUCCUCCAUCGGGGGGUACAUUCGGAAGCCGCUGAGCGGGUUUGCGUACGGCGCGAGCAAAGCCGCGGUCAACCUCUUGUUUAAGCAGCUGUCCACGGUGCUGUCCAACUGGACGAUCCGCGUCAACGCCCUUGCGCCCGGGUUCUACCCCAGCGACAUGACCAGCGGCAUGCCGUUUAUGAGCGAGCGCGGCGACCCCCGCGUCGAGGGCGGCAUGACCAAGGAGAUGGUGCCGCUGAUGCGAUGCGGCGCCGAGGAGGACCUUGCCGGCGCGGUGCUCUUCCUCGUCAGUCCCGCGGGGGCUUACAUCGACGGCAACCAGCUCGUGACGGAUGGUGGCCGAUUAGCUCUCGUGCAGGGGACGUACUGA